AUCUGGACCUGUUGAAGCUCGAAUAAGUAAAAACUCAAUAAUGGCAAGUCUCUACUCUGUUGCCCGUAGCUCCAGAUUUUCUUUACGAUGCAUUGCUAAUAUCAUGUGGCAGAGCCAAAUAUACAAGUGAAAUCUCUGUCAAACAGCAUUGUAGUGGCACUUGAUUCUAAAGGCAAAACCCUUUUAGUCACUAGACAUGCUUCAGUGGUUUAGUUUUAACUUUUAAGCUAAACAUCAAGUGAGCAGGGUGCCUUGAUCCUUGUUCGUAUGCUUAGCAACUUAUGACAAACUUAACAGUACCAAUAUAAUCCCCACUCGAUGUGGGUAUGGGCAAGGGAGGAUUGGAGACAGACCUAACUUUUGGCGAUAUAUGCACAAAGAGGCUGCUGUCAGGAAGUUUUACCACUGAAAUAGCGGCCCCCCUAUACCUCGAAAGAUCGAGGAACUUAUCAAGUCCUAAUAGUCUCUUGCUCGUGAAGAAUCUGACAAGGUUAAAAGUGUAAUCUAUGUGCACAAAGUCGAUAUGACAGGUUAAUUGUCACCACAACCUUGAGUACAGGUCUAGUUUCUUGGAUGCUAUCAAUGGUUUAUGAGAGCAAAUGGCUAUCGCUUGUCAAUCCUACAUUCCCACGUAAUAUUCUGUUUUCUUUGCGAUUUGUAUAAAUGCUCAUUUGAUGCUAUGUCCCUAUUAUUGUCUAUGUUGACGCUGUUAUCAUGCUGAAAUUGAAAUAUUCAGAUUUAUUUGCAUGUAAAUCCGGAUAAGCAAUUUUCUUCGUCUUUUUCCUUUUCUUUUUCUGUUGGUGUUUAUAGAGUUUUAAGUUAGACAGAAAAACUAAAUAGAUUGGACCACGUAAAUCAGCAAUUAUUUGUGAGUAUAGAUCUCCUUGGUCACCCUUUCCUCACUCGAAGAACAUUUUGGUGGAGCUAAGUUUCCAAUCUUGCACUCAACUAUCUUAUGUCUCCUUACCUUCGAAACAGAAUAAAUUGUUCAAUGCUGCCCUUUUUCCUCUACUACUUUAUACUUUCACUUGAUUCAUGUACCUCACCCUACAUUUUCACUUGUCGAAGGUUGGUGUUGGAAUGUCGAUGGAGGGUAUUGAACAGAAUCCCGUUGCUUAUGAUCUGAUGGCUAAAAUGGCUUUUCAACAUGACGCAGUCGAUGUGAAGAUGUGGAUUGAUACCUAUUCAAGCAGAUGGUAUGGGAGAUAUGUUUCAUCAAUGCAAGAUGCCUGGAGUAUACUAUAUCACACAAUUUACAAUUGUACAGAUGGUGCUUAUGAUAAGAACAGGGAUGUAAUUGUAGCAUUCCCAGACAUUGAUCCAACCCUCAUUUCUUUACCAAAAGUUUUCAUAUGGCAAAGAUAUGAUGGCAACAUAAAACCAAUAUCCAGGAGGGCUUUCCUAGAAGAAACAAUGGAUGGUUCCUAUGAUCAACCUCAUUUGUGGUAUUCAACUUCAGAAGUGGUGCGUGCGUUAGAACUCUUCAUAAAAAGUGGAGAUGAACUAUCAGGAAGUGACACUUACAGGUAUGACCUUGUUGACCUAACAAGACAAGCUUUGGCCAAAUAUGCGAACGAAUUAUUCUUGAUGAUCAUAGAAGCUUAUCGACUAGGUGAUGUACAUGGAGUUGCUCACCGGAGCCAAAAGUUCAUAGAGCUCGUUGAAGAUAUGGACACACUUUUAGCUUGUCAAGAAGGCUUUCUUUUAGGACCUUGGUUAGAGAGCGCAAAGCAACUUUUGCUCAAAAUGAAGAGCAGGAAAAACAAGUGAGAAACUCUUUCCCUUGGUAACUUGUUGAAUUUGAUUGACCUGCUGAAUACUUGAACAGACGGUGAUCCAAUGUUUCAGUAUGAAUGGAAUGCAAGAACUCAGAUAACUAUGUGGUUUGACAACACGGAGGAGGAAGCAAGUCUGCUCCGUGACUAUGGUAAGCCUUAAUUCUCUUAUCGCUGUUUCAUAGAAGUCCAGGUUGGAUGGUUAAUGCAUUGGGCACUACA